UACCAUCCAGUCAACGUUUCCUAGAUACCACAACCCAUUGUCAACAAAACGAGUGUGUCUCACACAUUUCUUCAUCUUUGGUUUUUCGAUCUGCGAAGAUCUUGCAGAGAGAGAGGAAUAAGGAGGUUUUACCAGGUGAGCAUCUUUUCUCAGAGAGACAGAUAGAGGAGCAAGGAAGUUUAGCAGGUAAUUAAUUUACUUGUUAAGCGAAUAUGCAAUCCAACGAGGGAGUGGACGAGGUUUGUGUUAGUAUUGGUGAAAAGUUUAAUCGUCUCUCUCCGUUACAAUCUAAGUGUUGUAUUUUUAGAGUUCAUGACCAAUUACGCAAUGUGAAUGAAAAGGCUUAUGAACCAGAGAUUAUUGCAGUUGGUCCUUAUCAUCGUAGUAAAAUUACACUACAGGUGAUGAAUAAACACAAGUUGCACUAUUUUCAAUUACUUCUUCAACGAAAAAACGAGACUAUGAAGAAAUAUGUGGAUGCUAUGAGGUUAUUAGAAGAAGAUACUCGUAAAUGUUAUGGAGAACUCAUAGGCGUGAACGAAAAUGAAUUGGUUGAAAUGAUGGUACUGGAUGGUUGCUUCAUCGUUGAAUUGAUCCGAAAGUUUGAGCAUAUUCACUUGAGAGACAAGCAUGAUCCUAUUUUUGGAAUGGACUGGAUUGUUAACAGCUUGCAACGUGACUUGAUGUUGUUCGAAAACCAGCUUCCAUUCUUUGUUCUUUGCAAGUUGUUCGACAUGAUUGAAGUUCCAAACCAUCAUCACAGGUUCAUUUAUCUGGCCUUGCGUUUUUUCCGCGAUCUUCUACCAGGUGUAGGACAUAGAAAAAGUUUUGAAGGAAGUUCACCAGAAAAUAUUAAGCAUUUGCUCGGGUUAAUACACAAUAACUGGCUUCCUUCAUUUGCAGGAAACGACACAAGUGAAAAUUUCAUGGCCCACAAAAAAAAAUGGCAGUUCAUUCAUUGUGCAACAGAGCUUAGAGAGGCAGGUAUUCAGUUUGUGAAGAAUGAAAAAUGUAGUUUGUUUGAUAUCAAGUUUGAUAAUGGAGUUAUGCAAAUACAUCCUUUGAUAAUCGAAGACAGAACAGAAACGUUCUUCAGAAAUCUCAUUGCAUACGAGCAGUAUGGUCAAGAUACAGAUUUCAGAUAUGUCACCGACUAUGUGAUAUUCCUGGAUAACCUCAUCGACUCUCCAAAAGAUGUUGACAUACUUUGUCGCCGGGGAAUUAUUGAUAAUUGGUUAGGUGAUGGUGAAGUGGUUUCCAACAUAUUUAACAAGAUUACUGAUGCUGUCACAACGCCAAACAACCACUUUCAUUAUGCUGAAAUCUUCACUAAAGUGAACAUUCAUUGCAAUAAACGCGUGAACCGAUGGAUGGCCAAAUUGAGGCGAAACUAUUUUAAUAGUCCUUGGGGAGUUAUUUCAAUUGCUGCUGCCAUCAUACUACUUUUACUCACUGCCACACAGACUUUAUUUACUGUUGUUCCUAAAUGGGCAUCAGCUAGGAAUUAGCUAAUGGGUAGUACUGUUUUUCCUCAGUUGUGACUCUGGGAUUCAGUCUGUCCAUUGCCUCCUUAGUUUCUUCCCUCUUGCCACUUUCCUCCCUCUUAUGAAAAAUACAUCGUAAUUACAUUUAUCUAUAGUUUUAUUUAGGGUUGAAUUUUAGAUUUGAUCUGUACAUAUUGUAGAUACAUUAGUUUAGAAUUUAUUUGUUUGUUUUCAUAUUUGGACCUACUGUGAUAGGCAUAUGCAUUCUGGGCUUAUUG